AAAACGUUAACCCUGUCCGCCAACUACCUCUAAUAAAAGAUCUGCUUUGCGGCCAUAUCGAACGGACAAGAACCAGGGAGAGUGAGUCCGUCUUAUAUCUGGCGGCGGUGAUUUAAACGCAGAGCCACAACCUACAGUAGUAGCGUACUAACAGCGUUUUAUUCUGUGAGAAGCCUAACUAUAUCUCUGCAGUGACUAUGAUGACAAUUUCUUGGGUCUCAAUUCUUUGUCUUGGGCUGCUAUUUAUCAGGACCUGUGAUGCUACAAUACUAGAAGAAAGAGAUAAGACUCGAAGUUACGAUCCUUCAGAAGACAGUCAACUACUAGAAUUACUUUUGGGAUGGACUCUCACCACGCCAGCACCACUCUCCAUGACUACAUUGCCUCCCCUUGACAAUCUAGGCGGCACCAUCGUACAUAAAGGUUACAGGGAAGCAGGAGACAAUCUAGAAGACAUCUUUCAACAGGAACCAGAACCCAUCGACAGUGAAAUUGACAACAAUACCCCAUCAGAGAGUCAAAAUAGUGAUGUCCUAGAUCUUUUUCAUCAAACGUCCCCAUCAGAGAGUAGAAUUGAUGAAAUCAUUCGUGGCAAGGAUUUCUCUAGUGACAAUGAGAAAAGAGCACUUAGCAGUUUAGGUGGAUUUUCCCUUCAUGGAUAUAAAAGAGGACUUAAUUCUCUCGGAGGCUUAAAUCUUCACAACUUUGCAAAGCGGGGACUUAGCUCAUUAGGCGGAAUGUCUCUCCACAAUUUAAAACGUGGGCUAAGUAACCUAGGAGGAAUGUCUCUGCACAGCUAUUAUAAAAGAGGGUUAGAUUCCUUGGGUGGAUUCGGACUGCAUAAUUAUAAAAGAGCUCUUAGUUCUCUUGGUGGUUUUUCCCUCCAUGGUUACAAGCGAGGGUUAAGUUCUCUUGGAGGAAUGCCAUUACACGGAGGUUUUAAUAAGCAAGCUCUCAGCAAUUUGGGUGGAAUGUCUCUUCAUGGUGAAUUCAAGAAACGAGGUCUAAGUUCUCUGGGUGGCAUGUCUCUACAUGGUGGAUUUUCAAAACGAGGUCUAAGUUCCCUCGGUGGUAUGUCACUACAUGGAGGGUUUUCAAAACGAGGACUGAGUUCUCUUGGUGGUAUGUCACUUCAUGGAGGAUUUUCCAAAAGAGGUUUAAGUUCUCUUGGUGGUAUGUCACUCCACGGUGGAUUUUCAAAGCGAGGCUUAAAUUCUUUGGGUGGGUUUAGUUUACAUGGGUACAAGAGAGGUCUUAGUAGCCUAGGUGGAAUGAAUCUUUACAAUUAUAAAAGAGAUAUGAGUGAUUUAGAUGGUAACACUCUUCCAGGACUUUCUAAUACGAAACGAGACUCGAUGGAGACGAUGCCAGAAAAUGUUGAAUCUAAACACAAACGAUCAGUUGACAAUGAAUCAAAUACCGGACAUAAAAAUGUAUAAAAUUUUGCAAAUUUUUGUUAUAUAGAUUGGUUUUUAUACAUAUCAAGUGAUGAAACGGCGCAUAUGUGGGAUAAAUGCUAUCACCAAUAUAAUACAAAGUUUGUUCUCUUUUUCCAAGGAAUAGAGAUACUUCGUUUUUCCGUCCUGGUUUGGUUUUAGAAAUCACAGAAAGACUGUAUACCCUUCGGACAAGCAGUGUAUGAAUCCAUUUCCGUAAAAGUGGCAUAUCACUGGUAUAUACAUGUAAUAUAUAUUUGAAAUAGUAAGUUCAUCUCUUUUGAAAUUAUCGCAUGAUCAGAGAUAUA